AUGGAGCACCAGCGACGGGAGCCGGCGCCGGAGACGGAGGUCACCCUGCGCGAGUUCACCGAGGCCGACGCGGAGGCGCUCUUCGCGUGGGCGUCGGAUCCGCGCGUGGUCCUCUUCCAGCGCCGCGAGGCCUACGCGCGCGUCGACGAGGCCCGCCGCUACAUCCGCGACUACGUCCUCCCGCACCCGUGGUACCGCGCCAUCUGCCUCGGCGCCGUGGCGGUGGGAUCCAUCUCCGUCAAGCCCUGCGGCCCCGCUGGGGAGGAGGAGGGCGCGUCGUCGUGGAGGGCGUCCCUGGGCUACCGCGUCGCGCACGGGUACUGGGGCCGCGGCGUCGCGACGCGCGCGGUGCGGAUGGCCGCGGCGGCGGCGGCGUUCGCGGAGUGGCGGUGGCUGGCGCGGCUGGAGGCGGUGGCCGACGUGGAGAACCCGGCGUCGCAGCGGGUGCUGGAGAAGGCCGGGUUCGUCAGGGAGGGCCUGCUCCGGCGCUACGUCGUGCUCAAGGGCCGGCCCAGGGACAUGGUCAUGUUCAGCGUCGUCCGCUCGGAUCGGGCGCCAAAAUUACGAGUGACAGAACCAUUUGAAUUGAAUAAGGACAGAGGCAGGCGGGGAGCGAUGGACCUUGACGACGGCGACGCGCGGCGGCAAAAGGAGGCGGAGGGCCCGGUGGUGUCGCUCCGGCCGCUGGGCCUGGCGGACGUGGACGACUUCAUGGCGUGGGCGUCGGACGACCGCGUGAUGCGCCACCUGAAGCGGCCCCUCUGCGCGACGAGGGAGCAGGCCGUGGCGCAGAUCAGGGACACCGUGCUGGGCCACCCGUGGUUCCGCGCCAUCUGCGUGGCGGGGCGCCCCGUGGGGCAGGUCUCCGUGUGGCCCUACCCCGACGACGGCGGCCACAGGGCCAACCUCGGCUACGCGCUCGCGCACGGCCACUGGGGCCGCGGCGUCGCCUCCGCCGCCAUCAGGAUGGUGGUUGGGAGGGUGUUCGAGGAUCUGCCGGGGCUGGGGAGGCUGGAGGCGGUGACGGACGUCGGGAACGCGCGGUCGCAGCGGGCGCUGGAGAAGGCCGGGUUCCACAGGGAAGGGGUGCUGCGCAGCUACAUCGUCCGCCCCGGCGCCGGCGCCGGCGAGGCCGUGGACGCCGCGGUGUACAGCUUCUUGUCGUCCGACCCUCGUCCACCGCUCGCGUGAUCCUCGCGCCCGAUGUUUCGCUCGCUCGCCACUUUGUGUCGUGUAAGCAUCCACUGUAAAUAACAAGUUCAAAUCCCCCCUCAAAAAAAAAAUAAAAGAAAAAAAUAACAAGUUCAAAUCUGAAGCCGUGAUGAUUGCCAGUAUGUAAUGUAGUCUGAUCAUGUUUGCUGAAGGAGUUCCAUCAGCAGCAGAGACCUGCUUGGGAACAUUCCCAUACAAAAAUGCUUCAGUCUUCAACUUUAGAACCUAUGAACAAUCAGAUGCAGUGACCUGCCAGGUUAAUAAAACCUAUCAGGGGUCAAAAGCUGAGAUUAACCCCUUAGCCCAUGAUUCCUCGGGGGUCAAAAGCAGUACCAGCAGC